AUGGCGGAAUCUCUCGUCUUUGCCUACGGCUCUGCGGAUCCUGUCAAAGAGAUCCGUCUUCUCUCAACCCCUUCGCCCGCGGACUGCGGUCCUAGCCAGGUGGUCGUGGAGUUGCUUUCAGCACCCAUCAAUCCCCUGGACUUUCUCGUAUUGCACGGGAAAUACCCUGUCAAGCCACAAAACAACGUCGCCCUGGCCAAUGGCGAGCACCGACCCAUUCCCGGCUCAGAUGGCGCGGCCCGCAUCGUCCAGGCGGGAUCGGCCGUGACUCAGUUCCACAUCGGGGACACGGUCAUCCUGCGGACCCACUGCCGAGGGUCCUGGCGGACGCACGCCGUGCUGGACGAGAACGACGUGCUGCGUGUUCCAUCGACGCUGGAUCCCCGGCUCGCCUGUAUCCUGCGCAUGGGCGUCGCACCCGCUUACUUCCUGCUGCGGGAUUAUUCGCCUCUCGAGCCCGGCGACUGGAUCAUCCAGAACGCGGCGACAGGCACGGUGAGCCAUUUCGUGAGUCAAUUGGCGCGCCUGCAGGGUGUCAACGUCAUCAGCGUGAUUCGCGAUCGCGGCACAGAUGAUGAACUCGAGCGCACGAAACUAUCGCUGCGCUCGCACGGCGCAUCUAUUGUCCUGACCGUUGACGAGCUCAAGGCCGCCGGCGCGGAGCUGCUUGCGGGCAAACGCAUCAACCUCGCGAUCGACUUUGUGUCUGAUGACGUACUCGCGCGACUGAUGGCAUUGUUUUUGGCCCCUGGAGCCACGCUCGUCACUGCUGGCUUCCUGGGAGUCGCGCCGUCGGGCACCGAUGGCAGCCUGCGGCAGUUCCUGUGGCAGCGCAACAUCACUCUCAAGGCAUUUCGACUGAGCGAUUGUCUUGGCCAGCGAUCGUCGUUCCAUCAGACGGCGCUACUGGAAUGGUUUGCGCGGUUAUUCCAGGACGGGACGCUGAAGGCUCCGGCGCUGGAGUAUGUCCGGUGGAAGCGAGGCGACACGGAUCUCGAACGCAAGCUGCAGGAGGUGCUGGAGCGCCAUGAGAGGGGGGAUGUUGGCGAACGCAAGAAGGUUCUAGUGUUUGAACAGUGA